UAGAUAUAGAUGAUGAAUCUAUAACACAAGAAGUAAUUAAUGCAGUUGGUAAAGAUGGCUAUAGAAAUAUUAAUAAUAUAUUGUAUUAUUUGGUUCCUAACCUUGUUCAAAAAGGCAUCUUGAAUCCAGAUCAGCCCAUAAUUAAUCUUCAAAUCUCUGGAGAUGGGCGAAACGUAGGAAGGAAAGUAAAACAUGUAAUCAUCACAGUGGCUAUUUUAGAUGAUAAAAAUACUUCACACAAACCAGAUCAUCAUUAUACGACCAUACUCUAUCCUGGAUGUGAAGAUUACAACUCUCUAUCAAAUGCAAUGACCCAAUUCUGCCAUGAUCUAAGAAAUUUAAAAGAAGGACUGGUAAUUGAUAAUGUAAAGUGGAAUUUUCAAUUUUAUUUUUCGUCUGACUGGAAGUUCUUAGCAAUCUGUUUGGGAGAUCUAUCAAAAGAAUGGAAGAUUAAUAAAGAAAUAGAUAAGUUAGUUGAACAAAAUAAUUACUAUAAAGGACAUAUAAGAAAACCACUUUUUGAUAUGAUACCUCUUAAUCACUGGGUUCCUGAUGAAUUGCACAUUAUGCUUAGAAUUACUGAUCGUUUAUGGAGUCUUGUGAUAGCAGAAUUAACAGAAUAUGGUUUGUUUAAUGAUACUGCACGAAAGAUAAUUGUAGAGGAAAUGAAAAGAAUUAAAGUUAAGUUUCAAUUCUGGCAAAUUCAAGAAUCUAAAACUUGGAGCUACACAUCAUUAAUGGGAAAUGAUAAGAUCAAA